AUGCUGCUGCUGCCUCUACGCCGUCCGCCAUCAAGAUCGUCCAAGAUACCAUUGCGCUCCUUAUCUACACUGCCUUCCAGUCUCCUGACUCGUCUCAAGGUUCAGUUUCCUGAUACCCGCGCUGCCAACGGCUUUCUCCAUGCUCGCAUUAAUCUUCUUCUCGCUAACGAUCCUGCUGUUCGUGUCGCUAUUGUUCCGCUUCCCGGAACCUCUCGUAAAGCCAUUGCACGUAACUUAGACGUGGCUCUGGCUGAUCCACUUGCUACCGACCAAGUCUGGCGUGAUGCCAUCCGUGAUCGUAACCUUGCCAAAAACACUUUGGUCCGGCACGCGCGCGAGUAUAAUGCAGCUCCUAUCACGCAUAAUUCCAUUGUUGAAUACGAAGUCCCCUUAACGGUUCCACGCGAAGGACUUAUUCCGGAAAAUACACCCGAAGAAAAUGUGCCUGAAGUUUUGUCGGAGGCCUCUCAGCGUAUUGCCAUUCUCGAGGCUACCUCUGCAGCAGAUUCACUUGACCAUAUCCUACGUUGUCAUCGUGUUGUAUAUAUUACUUCCGACGUAAAAGAUGCAGAAUUAGCUGCCCGCUGGCCAGACAAAUAUUUGUUUCCAGGCACUGAAGCAUUGCCAUCACUAGUUCUCGUCGACUAUUCAGCAGAAAAGCGCAAGUAUACCGCUGAUUCCACCAUCAAGGCGCUGCCAUUCCCUAUCGUAUCCUCAGAAAGCGCAGAUGAAGCCAAUACCCUGUUGCGUAAAAGCCCGCAGAAUGUUGAUCAGUACCUUGCUCUCCACGCUCGCGCUAACACACAGGCUAUUAACUCUGCUCUUUUCGCAUAUCCCCCAGCUGGGUCAACCGUUCUUUCAGGGAAAGUCCCCGAGGUCAAGUCGCUAAGCGACAUUGCUAAUCUUGCUAAUGCUCAGCACACUUUGGCACAGACUGUGCUGGCAUCGACACGUGCUAUUGUAGAUGCAGAGGAGCAAGUCACUCAAGCUGUGGCUGCAGAAGGUGCCGAAAUGGCCCGCCGCAGAGCUGCGUGGUCAGCAGAAGCUCACACUGAACUCCAAACAAGUCUUGCUGAGCAUCUCACAAGUCUUUUCGGCAACGGUCCCACGCCUAUGCCCAACACCAUUCCCUGGUACAAAUUGUAUUGGCGUGUCGAUGAUAUCUUUAGUACAGUUGACGAGACCUUUUUACGCUACUAUUUCCUUCCGCGUGCUGAGGACCGGUUCAAGUACCUCUGCGGCCGUGUCGACCAAUUUGCGGAUCUUCACCAGUUCCCCUCAGAAAAGGAGGCCCAAGUGGUUGAGCAAGCAGCAUUAGACAGCAUCACAACUCUUCCUGAUGAGACUAAGCCUACACCCACAAUAUCGUCACCUUCUGUUCCUGACGUGUUUGGGAGGGCGCGGCGCACUCUUUUGGAAACAGCAGGCGCGCAGCUCCACAAUUCGGGUCUACGAGCACUCCUGACCAACCUUGUGGGUGUCCAACUUCCGCUUGUUGUGCUGCCGCUUACUGCAGUCUACGGGUUAGAUUACUGCUCGCUCUAUGCUGCUGGCUCGGUCAUGGCGCUUGGCGUUGUUGUUGGUGCGGCAAGGAUACAGCGUGCGUGGGCCCGUGCAGCUGCCCAGUUCACGACCCAAGUCACAGAAACUGCACGUGCAACAAUUGCUGAAGCUGAAAAAGAACUAUGGGGCAAAUGGGAUGCUCGUGUCGAGGCCCAGCGUAAGGUCUCUGGUCAUCGUCGUGAAACAGUAAGCGAGCUCGAAAAGCUUUUAAAAUAG